AUGCGAGAAAUCGUUUCCGCUUUAGCAGCUAAGAACUCCGAACAAAAAAGUGUCUUGAUUUCACUCGACAUUGAAGAUGACAAGAUGUUCCUCUUACAUUUCAUCAUCGGAACUUACUUCGGACCAGAUUUGCAAAACCAUCAUCAUCUCAAGAAGCAAUCAGCAUUUCAGAUACGAUCAUCAUCAUCGAAUCUCCCAACAAGAGAUGAGCUAAAAGGCUCGCUCAUGAAACGAGCUGAGCUAGAAACUGUGUAUCACCACAUUCUCAAGAACGCAGAUCCAUCUCUAACCGUAAAGCCCAGAACUUUACGCGAUUACCUCAACGGAAAACGCGAUUUCCCGGUUCUCGCCGAUCUCUUUCCCCGGAAACUUCACCCUGAGAGCCGUAUAGGGAAUCAGCACAAGGUUAUCAAAAGCAUUUUGUUCAUCAAUGAUCCAGAUACUUCUUGUAUGAGAAGAGAUUGUGUGUCCCGGUUUAAGCUGCUUACCGGAUUGCAGAGCUUUACUUUGAGCCUUCACGUUGAUGUAACUGAAACCGUUAGCUCUGUUUCAUCCAAUGAGAGCUUGGAACCGUCAAAAGAAGAGAACACUGCUGAAGAAAACGAUGCUGCUAACGUAGCCGGGGCGAUAUCUGAAGCUGAGGCUGGACCGGCGAUGGGACUGAUGGAUAUUGGUGAAUGCGAUGACGCUUAUCUCUUCCGUAUAUCGCUUCCCGGUGUUAACAGAGACGAAAGAGAUUUUAGCUGUGAAGUAGAAGACGAUGGGAAGGUGCUAGUUAGAGGAGUCACUACAACAGGUGAGAAAGAAGUUUAUCGUUAUGGUCAUUUGUUUGAGAUGCAGACGCACAAUCUCUGCCCGCCCGGUAACUUCUCUGUCUCGUUCCGACUCCCGGGUCCUGUUGAGCCGCAAGAGUUCACAGGCAGCUUUGGAACGGAUGGGAUUCUUGAAGGAAUCGUAAUGAAGAAGAAGUUGCAGAAACAAAAUGUGUAA